CGGAAAAGUUUUGAAAGUGUUUCAAAUUUGUGUGUUAAAAUAAUUACUAUAUUUAUUUAAUGUUAUUCUUCUGUGUGCUUAUAUCAACAAUGAAGAUAAGAAAAAGACUGUCUGUGAUCUAUCGUUUGUGACUUUUUCGACUGAAGUGCUUGUGAUGUUUUAGACGCUAAAUAUUAUGUAACGAGAUAAGUGCUCCAAGACGUUACAAUGAAGAUUUUAACGCUUAUAGCGUUGUGUGCAAUAACAACGGCACACAAAAUCACCGAGCUCAAGGUUCCACUGUACGCGGACCCUCGUCGAGCAGCCGAACUGAGCUGUCACUUCCAGAUGGACGAUCAGAAGCUUCACUCGGUCAAAUGGUACAGAGAUAUGAACGAGAUAUUUAGAUACAACCCAUCACAGAAGCCGCCGAUCCGUCUAUAUAAUAUAACAGGAAUCACGGUACAAGGUGGAGAUUGCCAGGUGGACUCAUGUAUGGUUCGGGUAAUGCCUCCUCCAGUCGCUACAAGAGCAGCUUACAGUUGUGAAAUCUCCACAGAAGGUCCCAAGUUCCAAAUAGCAAGACAAACUAAACUUAUGACUGUUGUAGCAAUGCCAGACAAGGACCCCAUAAUAAUUGGAGCGCCUAAAUUAGUGAAGCCCGGAGAGCAAAUACUCCUGAACUGUUCUACAGACUACUCUCUACCAGCGUCGGAAAUUAAUUGGUACAUCGACAAUGAGCCAGCUAAGACAGAGCCAUGGCAGCAGAGGGAGCUGAGUGCACCGCAGCCAGGCGGCCUUCGAGCGUCAUGGCAUAUCCUCCGAGUUGCCGUACCGGCAUCAGCUAGCGGUGCCUUGCGCGUGCGAUGCGAAGCAAUGCUCCCCGUAGAACCCCCUGUAGUCAGAGACACUAUGACUAUCAUCACUGUAUACUCACGUACUCAGCUGUCGAAGUACGUUGCUAACAGAGGUAUACAAAUGGAUUAUAAAAGUAGUAUUAUGUUCGUAUUAAUUUGGACUUUUAAUGAAAUAUCGAAGGUCAUGAGCUUAUGA